AGUCACUAAUACCUGAAGCAAGGCAAACACCUUCGCUUAGACACAUUUGUAGGUGUGGGGUUGUUGUUUUAUGUUCACUAAAUUCUAGGGUGAAGUUUUUUUUUUUUUUUUUUUAACAGGGAUUUCUUUAUUAAGGUGCAUUUAGUUAUUUUUUUUUCCCUGUCUUUGUAUUCACCAUGUCGGCGACUUUAGAUUAUUUGGUGGUUUUAUUUAAUACAACAUCUGGUGUCAACGGGGCUGCUUUGGGAUCUGAUGAAAAGGAACUCGUUCAGUUGAUGUGGCAAGUUGUGGAUUUGGUGAACAAGAAGACUGGAAAACUCUGUGAAGUUUUAGUAAGACCCGAUAACUUGGAACUGACAGAAGAAUUCAAAGAAGAAACUGGCCUUCAAGAAGAAACAAUUUCGGCAGCUGAGCCUUUGGAGAACGUCUUAAAUCAGUUUAACCAGCUGGUGGCAAAUGAAGCAAGUCUUGCAGUGGGAGCUUCAUUCUGUCUGUGUACUGAUGGGCAGCUUCAUAUCAGACAAGUCCUUCACCCAGAGGCAUCCAACAAGAAUGUCAUGCUGCCUGAAUGUUUUCAUUCAUUUUUUGACCUACGAAAAGAAUUCAAGAAAUGCUGUCCUGAUUCACCUGCUCUUAAAGACCUGGAUGUUCAAGCUAUGGCCAAUUACUUAAACAUUGAAACUAAUCCAACCAGUUACAGAGGUGCAGCUUUGCAAGUUCAAACUAUGGUUAACAUUAUUCUGAAACUGAUUUCAGAUCCAUUCCACCAUAGAUUCUCUAAUCCAGAAAGAGUGAAUGACAAAUUUGAAACGGGUACCUGCAGCAAGAUGGAAAUUGUUGAUGACAACACUGUGAUCAGAGCACGGGGGUUGCCCUGGCAAUCCUCUGACCAGGACAUUGGCAGAUUUUUCCGGGGUCUCAACAUUGCAAAAGGGGGAGCUGCACUAUGUCUAAACUCACAAGGAAGAAGGAAUGGGGAGGCAUUGGUGAGAUUUGUGAGUGAGGAACACAGAGAUCUGGCACUGCAAAGACACAAACACCACAUGGGAAAUCGAUAUAUUGAGGUUUACAAGGCCACAGGGGAGGAUUUCCUUAAAAUUGCUGGAGGUACUUCCAAUGAAGUGGCUCAGUUCCUGUCCAAAGAGAACCAAGUGAUCGUUCGCAUGCGUGGUCUCCCAUUCACUGCCACUGCUGAAGAAGUGUUAGCAUUUCUUGGUCCCAGCUGCCCUGUCACCGGUGAGAAAGAAGGAAUCCUUUUUGUCAAGUACCCUGAUGGCAGGCCUACGGGGGAUGCUUUUGUAUUAUUUGCUUGUGAGGAGUUCUCACAAAACGCCCUUAAGAAACACAAGGACAUUCUGGGGAAGAGAUACAUCGAACUGUUUAAAAGCACAGCAGCAGAGGUGCAGCAGGUGUUGAACAGGUAUACAUCUGCGCCUCUCAUUCCUAUAUCCCCUCCCAUUAUUCCUGUACUACCUCAGCCAUUCGUGCCCCCUCCCAGUGUCAGAGAUUGUGUCCGUCUCAGGGGCCUACCCUACAUCGCAUCCAUUGAGGACAUACUGGAGUUUCUUGCAGAGUUUACUGUGGACAUCAGGCCUCAUGGCAUCCACAUGGUGUUAAACCAGCAGGGUCGUCCUUCAGGAGACGCAUUUAUCCAGAUGAAAUCCCCAGAGUGGGCUUUCCUGACUGCGCAGAAGUGUCACAAGAGAACUAUGAAGGGCCGCUACGUGGAGGUGUUUCAGUGUUCAGCAGAAGAUAUGAAUAUUGUAUUAAUGGGGGGCACAUUAAAUCGGAAUGGCCUGUCCCCACCGCCAUGUAAGUUACGACGUCUGUCUCCUCCUGGGUAUGUCUUUCCUCCCCCUACAGCCGUUAUCCCUGCAGAAGCUGCCGGCCUCUAUCAGCCUCAAAUUCUUCUCAAUUCCCAGGCAUUGCAGCCUCCCACAGCUUUCUACCCAGCUGGCACUCAGCUCUUCGUGAACUACGCUGCAUAUUACCCAAGCCCCCCUGGCUCCACAAACAGCCUGAACUACUUUGCCUCUCCUGCUGCUGCCCCCACCAUGGCUCAGCCUGGAGCAAUGGUCAGGAUGCAGAGCCUGGCCUAUAACAACACAGGUGUCAAGGACAUUCUCAACUUCUUCCAGGGCUACCAGUAUGCAUCAGAAGAUGGACUUGUACAUGCACAUGACCAAGCCAGGACACUACUCACACAUCCCAAAGAAUGGGUCUGUAUUUAAUGGGCCCUUCCUACUAAACAUCUUGUGAAGAAAAGGAAGAAUUGUCCAGAGUCUGUGAUGAUGAUGAUGAAUAAUUUGUAUGAACAGCCCAUCAGCAAUGCCUUAUUAACAUGCCCUGCCCUGCAGUCAACCAAGCAAAUAAACAGCCCAGCAGCACUGCCUUAUUAACAUGCCUAUCCUGCAGUCAACCAAGCAAAUGAACAGUCCAGCAGCAAUGCAUGAUUAACAUGCCCUAUCCUGCAGUCAGCCAAGCAAGCUGUGCAAGACAGGAACCGUCCACACAUUGGGAUCCACUGUGUGGACCUCCAGCUGCUGUAGAAAGGCCGACACACAAAUAUCACGGGGACACGUUAUAGAACCCUGUAAGUUGAAAAACAAAGUGGAUCUGAACUCGCAUUUAAAAAAAAACAUUGGUUUAAGCUUUUGCCUAAAAUUUUUGUAACUAAUAAGCUCAGUCAUCUCAGAUUUCUAAAUGCGUGUGUAUAUAAAGUAAG